AUGUCAGGGUCCAAUCAGGACUCGGGGCAGGAGAGCUCCAACAGGUCGAACGAUUCCCCCCCGUCGGCCAUGGCCAACUCUCCCUUCGCAGACCCUUCACCACCGCAGUCGCAAGAGCAGCAGCAGCAGCAGCAGCAGCAGCAGCAAUCUCAGCAACAGCAGAAGCUUCAGACCCCUCCUCUGUUGCACCCGCAAUCUGCUACGCCUCAAGCACGAAAAGAGAAGAAGCGUGUGGGCUUUCAAGGCGACAAUAGGCCGCCUAGUAUUGUUAUCGACGACGACUACUUCUCGCAAACCAUGUCACCCGAGCCGAACGCUAACCCCUUCGACACGCCCAGGCGAGAUGUUCCCGCCGGCGCCCCAGACGCUGGUGAAUUGCGUCGUGCUCUGACCCAAGUGCUUAUUUCAGAGAAUCAGGAGGAAACGCCCCGCAGACCCCGGCCGGCCCUCCGCCGGAACACCAGCUACGAUGCUCCCGAGGAGAGAGAAAAGGCUGAUGCCGCCGAGCGUAGCACUGGUGAACGACAGCAGCGAUCUGGAUUGGAGGCCCGCCAGCGUGCCGAUAGGUUGGCCGUGAGUAUCGAAAACUACUCGUCGCCGCCCUCUCGGCAGAACUCAUUGAAUGCGGCAUACAACCCAUUCAGCGAUGACACAGAUGAAGGCCUGGAUCGUGUCGGUGGCAUGAGCACUGGCGUGGACGCUACCAAUAGCUCACGUCGCCGAACCAAGACACGUCCUAGGAAAAAUUCCCACCUCGCUGCCGAGAACCUUGUACGGUCUCAUACUCAGCGCUUCAAGAAGGGGAACAAGGCCCCCAAUGACUACUUCAAGUACCAACCACCACCGGGAGCUCAGUCGGGCACGGCAACGCCAACCCUGGAGCAGUCUUAUGCCCACGAUUACGUCCCCCCUCCCAAGCAGUAUCACGGCGGUAUUCUUUCAUCGUUGCUCAAGUUAUACAACGAGAAUGGUAGUGAGGGAAGCAGUGGUCGCAACACACCCGGUGGUGCCACGCCCAACCACUCGCCGCCCGGAUCCAUCCCGGCCUCUGCACCCCCCUCGGCCCCGCCAUCGGCUCCGGCUUCGCCUCGUCCAUCGCGGCCCAGCAGCGGCCUGUUCAACUACCACAAGGCCCAAGGCUCUAGAUCCUCCAUGGCCUUGACAGAGUUGCUCAAGUCGUCUUCUACCAUGAUGGCGCCUGGCUCCAGCGGCUUUUCUGCUGGCUUUUCAGAAAAGAUCAAGCAAGAGGCCCCCAAGCCUAAGAAGCGCAAGUCGGGCGUCUGGGGCGGCUCAUCGCCCAAGUCCAAGUCUGAGGAUAAGAUCCGCAUCACAAAGCACAUUGCCCAGAUUCUCUCUAGACAUAAGUAUCUGGUGAAGCUGUGCAGAGCGCUGAUGAUGUACGGUGCCCCAACUCAUCGUUUGGAGGAGUACAUGAAGAUGUCGGCGCGAGUCCUCGAAAUCGAGGGCCAAUUUCUUUACAUCCCAGGAUGCAUGAUCAUUAGCUUCGACGAUAGCGCCACCCAUACCACCGAGGUCAAGAUCGUCCGUUCAGUCCACGGAGUUGAUCUCGGCAAGCUACGCGAUGUCCACGACAUCUAUAAGCGAGUUGUCCACGACCUAAUCAGCGUUGACGAGGCCACCAUUAUGCUCGAAAACAUCAUGGAUCGAGGCAUCAAAUUUAACAACUGGAUGAGAGUGCCUGUGUACGGCCUUGCGAGCGCAUGCGUCGCGCCCUUCGCCUUCCAGGGUCGAUUCAUCGAUCUACCGAUUGCUUUCAUUCUCGGAUGCAUCCUCGGAUGUAUGCAGCUGAUUCUCGCCCCCAGCAACGAACUUUACGCCAACGUGUUCGAAAUCACCGCUGCUAUCGUCACAUCGUUCCUGGCUCGAGCAUUCGGCUCCAUUAAUAACGGAAACCUCUUUUGCUUCUCUGCCUUGGCUCAGAGCUCUAUCGCCCUGAUUUUGCCUGGAUACAUGGUUCUCUGCAGUAGUUUGGAGCUGCAAAGUCACAAUCUUGUGGCCGGCAGCGUGCGCAUGGUUUACGCCAUGAUUUACACGCUUUUCCUGGGCUACGGCACCACCAUCGGAACGGCGCUGUACGGUAUGAUCGACAGACACGCCGAAUCGAGGACCACCUGUCAGAAUCCCCUCAACAGGCAGUGGUACCUUCUCUUCGUCCCAGGCUUCACCCUGUGUCUCUGUAUCAUCAAUCAGGCGAAAUGGAAGCAAAUGCCUGUCAUGAUCGCUAUCUCACUAGCCGGCUUCCUCGUCAACAACUACUCAUCCGACUUCUUCGUUGGCAACCCGCAGAUCUCGAACAUGCUUGGCGCCCUCACGGUCGGACUGCUCGCUAACCUCUACUCCCGACUUGGACGCCACGUGCAUAAUCUCUUCCUCGACUUCCUCGACUGGUUCGACCUCCGGAUAAAGCCUCGGUUCAUCAGUGCCAGCCGCCGCCGCAACGAGCGGCCUCGGCCAGAUAUGUACCAAAUGUCUGGCCAGCGUACUCCAAGCGGCAUUCACACCCCCGAAGAGUCUGCCCCCACGACGCCGACGUCCGCGGCAUUUUCAGAAAAACCUGCCGAAGAGGCACCACCAGAGCGCAGGCGCACAAUUGGAUACGGUCUAGCAGCCGCAGCGAUGCUGCCCGCUAUCUUUGUGCAGGUGCCCAGUGGUAUCGCCGCUGGCGGGUCCCUUCUUGCAGGAGUGACGUCAGCGGAUCAGAUUACUAACAAUAACGGUACCGCCACGGCGGACACCUCCGGCAUCAGCAACUCUGCCUUUGCCGUUCUUCUGAGUGUUAUCCAAGUUGCCAUUGGCAUUACUGUGGGCCUGUUCCUCAGUGCUCUCAUGGUUUACCCCUUCGGAAAGCGGCGCAGUGGCUUGCUUAGUUUCUAA